GGGAAAUGUUUAAAUUUACACGAUUUAAAUAUUAUUACUUAAUAUAAAAGGUUUCACUUUUCUACCUCUUGGCAUGGAAAUUUGUUUAAAAGCCUUUUUAUGUCAUCUUUUAAUGCAACGAUUAAACUUUGACAAUCCUGCAUUUCAACUUUAUAUUCAGCUUGCAACUGUUCGUAUCCAUGGCAAGCUUCUUCCAAUUUUUUCCUAGCUUCCAUCGGCUUGAUAUCUCCCUUCGUUAAUCCUAAUAAACUUUCCAUAUCUACUAUAUGCUUAUAUGCCAAUUUUAAUUCCUCUCUUAAAGCAUUUAAUUCUGUUAUAAGAGUAACAUUAUCCAAUAUUGCUUUAUCUAGAUCUUUGUUUCCACCUGAUGUGCGAAAGGCGUGCUUUUUGAGUGAUGCUACUGUCCUCUCUAAAUGAUCUCUUUGUUUGAUAAAAUCGCAUUCUGCCUCUAAAUCGGCUUUACGACUGCGUAAAAAUUCAUCGUCCGAACUGUACUUGUGAUAUAAAUUUGUUACCGCAACUUUCAAUGCAUGCGGUUCUUGUAUGAGUCCGGCAGCGUCAAGUAAAUCUACUUGUACAUUUCUUAAUAGACGUUGACACCUUUUAUUCCGUUGUACUUCGAUAUAAAUCUCGCGUCGUGCUGUUGCUAAUUUUUCUUUUAAUUCAUGUAAUUGCAAUUCUAAACUAACAUUUGUCUUAUGAAGAUUUACUAAUUCUGUUUCCAUAUCAUGUAUUUUCUCCCUAAGAUCUCUGAUCUCCUGAUCCCUAGGUUCAAUCUGAUUCUUUAACUCUUGAAUUUUAUAAUUUAAAACGAACUUGAAUUUCUCUAGUUCUUGAUUAGUGCGUUUCAAUUCAUACAUAUGCUUCUCCUUUUCUUGAAUUGUUACAUCCCUUUCGUUAAUUUCUUUCUUUAAAUCCGACACGUCCUUUUCCAAUUCCAAUAUAGUUUUCUGAAAUUGACCAUAUUCACCUUGUACACGCUGAACCUGCCUUUUCAACUCUUCUAUGUCCCUUUGACCGGCCAUAUAUCUAUUACGUAACACUCCAGCUUCACCUUUCAGCCUUAAAUUCAUUUGGCUCUCCUCAUACAAAACAUUUUCAUAAUUCGUACGUAUAUCAAUUAUUUCUCUAUCGGCAUCAUCUUCUAUUUGGGCCAUUAAUAAUUCCUGUGUACGCGCUUGAUGUUCCAUUUCCUCUUGAGUUUCAUCUAGUUGUACCUUUUUCUCAUGAACGAGUCCUUCAUAUUUAACUAUAGUUUGCUGGAGUAGAUCCCCACUGUGUUUCUCCAAAUCGAGCAAACGCUUUUCAUAAUGUUGGCGCAUAAUGUUAUUUUUUUCCUCCAACGCCUGGUACUUGUCAUAUUCCACAAUUAAUUUGGCAUCGUAACUAAUCUCCAUUUGUUCCAUAGCUUCUUCAUGAAUACCUUUCAUCUUUAUUAUUUCGACAUUUAUAUCAUUUAAUUCAUUUGUAUGAUCUUCUUGCGAUUUAUCCAUCUUGUCUUUUAAUUCUUGAAUAGCUGCGCAAUAUCCUUGAUGUACCUCACGCAUUUUAUCAUUAUGCUGACCUUCCAUUUGUUUUAUUCUGUAUGCAUGUUCAGUUUCCAAUUCCCGCAUUCUUAUUGUCAAAUCACCGAUCAUUUGUAUUUUUUCUUCCAAAUCCAUUUUACCAAUCAAUACUUCAUUGGUAAAUAUAAGGCCUUUAUCCACUGUUAUCACUUUUCCAUCUGCAUAAUAUAAUUUCCAAAUGCAUAAACUACCAUCUUUAGAAGUGGACACUAAAUACUGUUCGUUAUAAGAAAGAGCUAUCUGGAAUAAAAUUAAAAUGAAUUAAUAAUAAAUUUUAUCUCAAUUGAUAGAUAAGUAAAAAGUCAAAGAUAAUGUUUACCUUUGUAAUAUCGCUAGAAUGAAUAUGAAAAUCUAUAAAUUCAACGGAUAAUUGAAGAGGACAUUUCAAUGACAAUAUAAUACCUCCCAAACAAGUCAGAAAUAAGAAUGUAUCGUUCUUCCCCAUUACCAUAUGAUCUAUGGCCUUAUCCAUUAAGGUAAACUCAGAUACGACCUGCGUAAAAAUUUAAUAACAAUGAAUAUAUAACUUUUGAAAAUUAAAUUCUUACGGCCGUUAAGGCAUUUUUUUAAACAAACAUUAUCAUUACCGUAUCAUUUUUAAUCUUACGUAUUCGAUUAUCAUUUGCGAUACAAUAUAAGAAGGAUUGAUCGGCAGCAAUUGCAAUAUCAUACAAAAUGAUAUUUUUUAAUAUGAUCUCUGCAGUACGCUGUCCGGUAUUUAUAUCCCAUUCAUAAAUGGCACCCUCUUCGCCCAUGCUUACUAACUUGGUAUCUGUUUGAGACCAUAUUAAGCCUUUUACUCUUGCUAUAUGCCCUUUCAAUAGGAAACGAUUAUAAAAGCCAAUAGUUGUAUAAACUUGUACGACAUUUCCAUUUACAGCGGCGAACAAAUGUCCGCCGUGACAGAAAACUGCGGUUUUACAAUUUCUUAUUGAAAAUUCAUAUAUAGGGAGUAAAUCGUCUAUUAAUAUACUCAUAAAACGAAGUUUGUCGACAAAUCCAACAAGACAAAAUAAACCCAUUGGAUGUAAAGCAAUCGAACAGAUAUCUUCUUCGUAUUGCUUAAGCAUGAUUAAGCUUACAGUUUCAAAAUUCCAUAUUCGUAUGCUUCUGUCAAUUUCUCCGCAGGUCAUAAAAAUUGGCUUCCAUGCGCACAUAGACAAAUCGCUAAUAGGGCCAUAAUGCAAUGAUUGGCCCAUUAUGCUCAUUUCUUUUGGUUCUGGGUCCAUAUUUAAAUCUGGACCCCAUAAUGUUAUAUAAAAUAAUUGAGACCAUCCUGUAGUUACCAAUAGGCGAUCAAAAUUUAUAUUAAUAUUUAUGGUAUUAACUUUAUACAAAUCCGAUGUAUCAGUUUUAGCCACUUGUGAAGGAACCAAAUAGACAUUUCUUUUGACAUAAUUAUGUGGGCCUUCUUUUUCAAAAACUACUAUUGUUCCUGGACCUAAGGCGUAUGCGAAGCCUUUUGGAAAUGAUAUCAAAGAAAGAAUAUCAUGUUCCCAUCUACCAUUAUCUUCUAAAGCUAAUGGAGAGGCAGCAGUGUGAACAAUAUAUUCUUCAUGAAUUUUUAGAUGCAUAGACAUAGUCUCGCUCAUUUGAUAAAUAUUCUUCAAAUCACCAUUUUCCAUAUACAAUAUUCUUCCAUCUUUUGUACCUGCUAAAAGCCUAUCCGAAUUCAACCAUGUCAUAGAGCAUAUUAAUAUAUUCUCAGCUUUAGAAAAUCCAUAUGAACGCCAUACUGUAUCGGAAAGAGUUAAAAAUUUGAAUACGUGUGGGCCACCGAUUGCCAUUACCCCUAUAUCUGAUGGAUUGCAGGAUAUUAUAUUAACAAUGGCAGAUGCAUCCUGUGGAUUACCUACUUUUAAACUAGACUCUACUUUGCCUCUUUCCCAAUUAUAAAAAAGCAUUGCUUGAUCGGGUUCUCCUGUUACAGCUGCUAAAUAUUUAUUAUCAAAGGUAAAAUCAAUGCAAUUAAAUUUAAUUGCAUUGUGCGCCUCGUACGGUAUACCUAAAGAUUUUCUUCUUUUUAAGGAAUGAAGGUCGUAAAUAGAUAUAGUAGGUUUCUCACCAGUCUCACAUAAAGCAGCAUAUUUCCUUAAUUAAAAUUAUAGCCAAUUCAAUUGCCUAAAAACCAUGAUUUAUAUUAAACGUGCAUUUUUCCAACUACUCACUUAUUGGGCGCAACACAAAUAAUAUUUAUUUGAAGUUUGGCAGAAUGGCGACAGUAACGGAAGAAGAAGGGAUUAAUGAGAAACAGGACGAUAAUGUUAACGAAAUUGCACCGGAUAUGGAUCUUUGUAAAAAGUGUGGUAAUCAGUGUAAUCCGUACGCUAAACCAGCUUUACGUUGCAAUGGUGAUUGCGCUGGAAAAAUUCAUAUCGAGUGCCUUCAAAGAGGAAGCGUUCCAGUAUCUUUUGUCGGAGAUGUCUUCUUUGAAUUACAUUGCACUGACUGCAGUCCGUUAGGCGAGGAAACAGUCAUAAGAGAUCGAAUGCCAUGGCUUAAUGUAAUUGUAUUAACUUUGUACAACUUAAGAGAAAAAUCCAGUGGAAUAAGUAAAAGGGGAUAUUUCCAUUGGAAGUCAGACAUUAGUACUUUUGUAGAUCGUAAUUGGGAUCAUUUAUUUAAGAAAACUGUCAAAAGAAAAAAGAAUUGGAUUGGUACAAUUUCUGGAACACUGUCACAUUAUAGUGGGAUCUUUUUUAAAUCAGGAACAGUUGAAUUAGGAGAAUCUGGUUGGUGGAGACUAAUAGAUAAUGAUCCGCCAGAAGUUCUGAUUGCUAAAAACGGAAAGAUGAUAAUGGAUCGUAAAAAACAAAAUGGUAAUCAACAAAAGUCAUCGGUUAAAUCAUACAUUAGUCCGACGCCGUCCGAAUCAAGUAUUUCAGUUGGAGAAGAUAGCAAUUACGGAACAGAAGCAGUAAAAAAUCAAGGGCCAUCAAUGUAUUCGCAAGCUUAUGUACAACCAACGGAAACAUUGUCUGACCUCUUAUUGGAGGAAGAUGAAUUAAAUGAUAUGGAUAUGGAAGAUGAUUUAAUCCUACGUGAUCACCAGGACACUCUUUCUUUGUCAGAACUAUUGGCAGAUUGUCAAUAUCAAAAUUCUAAUUUUAAUUUUCCUCGACUGUUUGAUAAUUUUACAUCUGAAUGGUCUAACAAUACAGAGAUAACAGAAGAGUCAAUAAAUGAUAUCACUGAUAAUAAAAUUAAAAGAGAAGAAGAUCAAUAUGCAGAAGAAAGUAACGAUAGUAUUGCUCAAGAGCAACCACCUCCAGCUUCUUUAUUUCAAGCUACAAAACGAGAUAAAUGGCCUUGGCAAAGAUCGAUCGUUAACAAUGAGAAGAUACCUAUUAUGACGCAUCAAGAAGAAGCAUAUCUCUUACAAAGGGUUAAUAAACGCCAUCUGUAUUCUGCUUUUCCUUCUGCAAGACGAUUAUACAGAAAAUUAGUUGUUAGAAAAUUGAAAAGAGAAUAUGGUUUACCUUUGUUAGAUAUAGAUCAUUUUGGAUCUAAAGAAGUAUCUAAGAGACAUUUCAAGGAAUGCGAUAGAGUCCUAGAUAGAUUUUUUGGAGAUGACAUAGGAUAUGUUUUUGAACAAAGAUUACAAGGGUAUAAUGAAGCAACAUCUGUCGUUAGUCCAUAUACAAAUAGACUUUUAAAGCCAUUUAUAAGAAGAGAUACCUCUAGUCGACCAUUAUGGUUAACUGUGAUGGAAGAACUUUGUGCUAAAGUUAAUAAAAAUAAUUCAUCUUGGAAACCAUUGACAAGAGCACCAAUUGAUUAUUCUUAUAUUAGACCACAACAUAUUCCAGCGAUCAACAGUCUCUGUAAUCAAUUCUUUUGGCCUGGUAUUGACUUGACAGAAUGUUUACAAUAUCCUGACUUCAGCUGUGUUGUUCUAUACAAAAAGUUAGUGAUUGGAUUUGCAAUACUUGUACCUGAUGUAAGUUAUAACGAGGCUUAUAUAUCUUUCUUUUUAACGCGACCCGAAUGGCGAAAGUCAGGUAUUGGUACAUUUAUGUUAUAUCAUCUUAUUCAAACUUGCAUGGGAAAAGAUGUAACAUUACACGUAUCUGCUACCAAUCCUGCUUUGAUCUUGUACCAAAAAUUUGGUUUCAAAGUUGAAGAAUUUAUUCAAGAUUUUUAUGACAAAUACAUGCCACCGAAUUCACGAGAAUGUAGACAUGCGCUAUUUUUACGAUUAAGUAGAUAAUCUAAUUGUAUUGAUUUUAUCUUUUAUAGUAAAUAUUGAACGACUGUAACAAAAGAAUCUGAUCAAACCACGCUUCUUUUAUAUUACGAAACGAAUAAAAAAAAUUCUUUUUUCACUA